AUGAAUAAUGCAACUAUAUCAAUCAAACUUGAGAGUGUCAAUGUUGCAUCUUAUCAAACAUCCAUCAAUCGAUGGCAAAAAAUACUUCAUUUAUAUUUUAAUCUAAUAUCACAUUUAAGUCAUAAUAUAUCAAUUUCAUUAUUGAUUCCUAAUGAAUACGUUCAACUUUGGUGGCCAAAUAGAUAUGGUGAUCAAUCAUUAUAUACAUUAUCUGUUUAUAACCAAGGAGAACUAGUUGGAUCACGUUUGAUAGGUUUUCGAACCGUUGAACUUGCUCAACAUAGUUAUGGUUCAACUAUCAAUGGAACAUCAUUUUAUUUUAUUAUUAAUGGUCAUCCAAUUUAUAUUAAAGGAAGUAAUUGGGUACCUCCAGAUUCAUUUCAAGAACGUGUAACUGAUGAAAAACUUGAACGUUUACUUCGUUCAACUCAAUUAGCUAAUAUGAAUAUGUUACGUGUUUGGGGUGGUGGCUUAUAUGAACGUGAUUCAUUCUAUGAAAUAGCUGAUCGUUUAGGCAUUAUGCUUUGGCAUGAUUUUAUGUUUGCAUGUAGUUUGUAUCCAAUUGAUGAACUAUUUCUAAUCAAUAUUCAUAAGGAAGUAAUUUAUCAAGUAAAACGACUUCAAUCACAUCCAUCCAUUGUUCUUUGGUAA